GUCAACGCCUAUAAUAGAAAGCUGCGCUUGUAAGCUUCAUUCUGGAGUUCACUCUCGCCUUCAUAGCGAGUCGAGUUGGGUGUUCUUAGAGACAAAAAUGGAGGCCACCGAUUGUAUCUAUAGAAAUUCUAGGGCGCCCAUAGAAGAUCGGAUCAAAGAUCUUCUCUCACGGAUGACUUUGAGGGAAAAAAUCGGGCAGAUGACCCAAAUUGAGCGCACUGUGGCCACUCCCUCUGCGCUUAGGGAUUUCGCGAUCGGGAGCGUUCUCAACGCCGGUGGUAGCGCUCCUUUCCAUGAAGCUUUGUCGUCGGAUUGGGCAGACAUGAUUGACGGGUUCCAGUAUUCGGCGCUUCAGUCGCGUCUUGGAAUUCCAAUUAUAUAUGGGAGUGAUGCUGUUCAUGGAAAUAACAAUGUUUAUGGUGCUACCAUUUUUCCUCAUAAUGUUGGCCUUGGAGCCACCAGAGAUGCUGAUUUGGUUAGAAGGAUUGGGACAGUAACAGCUCUUGAGGUUAGAGCGAGUGGUGUUCACUACGCAUUUGCCCCUUGUGUUGCUGUAUCCAGAGAUCCUAGAUGGGGAAGGUGCUAUGAGAGUUACAGUGAAGAUACUGAAAUUGUUAGAAAAAUGACUUCUUUAGUUGAAGGGUUGCAGGGGAAGCCGCCAGAAGGAUACCCAAAGGGCUAUCCGUUUGUAGCUGGAAGAAAUAAUGUCAUCGCAUGUGCAAAACAUUUUGUUGGAGAUGGGGGGACAGAUAAAGGUUUGAAUGAAGGGAAUACCAUUGCAUCUUACGAUGACUUGGAGAGGAUCCAUAUGGCUCCUUACCUGGACUGUAUUGCUCAAGGAGUUUCAACUGUUAUGGCAUCUUAUUCUAGCUGGAAUGGGCGUCUGCUUCAUGCCGACCGUUUUUUGCUGACGGAAAUGUUGAAAAAUAAACUUGGGUUUAAGGGUUUUGUUAUUUCUGACUGGCAAGGAAUUGAUCGGCUUAUUAAACCAAGAGGCUCAAGCUAUCGGUGGUGCAUUUCUGCUGCAGUUAAUGCUGGCAUAGACAUGGUUAUGGUGCCCCUUCGAUAUGAAAAUUUUAUCAAGGACUUGCUAUUUCUGGUUGAAUCCGGGGGGAUUCCAAUGGCUAGGAUUGAUGAUGCGGUUGAACGGAUAUUGAGAGUGAAGUUUGUUGCUGGUGUUUUUGAACAUCCUUUCAGUGAUAGAUCAUUGCUAGACGUCGUUGGUUGCAAGCUUCACCGAGAUCUAGCGAGAGAAGCUGUUCGCAAGUCUUUGGUUCUUUUGAGAAAUGGAAAAGACCCAACAAAACCUUUUCUUCCGUUAGACAGGAAAGCGAAGAAGAUUCUUGUAGCUGGUUCACAUGCAGAUGAUCUUGGAUAUCAGUGUGGAGGGUGGACAAUCUCCUGGGAUGGGAUGACUGGCAGAAUCACCAUUGGUACCACCAUCUUAGAUGCAAUCAAAGAAGCAGUUGGAGACCAAACAGAAGUAAUAUAUGAGCAAAAUCCAUCAGCAGUCCGCUUGAAUGAUCAAGAUAUAUCUUUUUCUAUUGUGGCUAUUGGUGAAAGUCCAUAUGCCGAAUUCACUGGCGACGACUCCAAGCUUAUGAUACCCUUCGGUGGAAAUGACAUUGUAAAAGCAGUUGCUGGCAAAAUCCCCACAUUGGUAAUUCUAAUAUCUGGAAGACCCCUAGUUUUAGAGCCAACAGUAAUGGAGAAUGUUGAAGCUCUGAUUGCUGCUUGGCUUCCUGGAAGUGAAGGAAGCGGAAUCACUGACGUUAUCUUCGGAGAUUAUGAUUUCACUGGCCGAUUACCGGUUACAUGGUUUAGAACGGUCGAGCAACUCCCAGUCCAUGCUGAAAAUUUGCAGGAUGCAUUAUUCCCUUUCGGGUUUGGGUUAUCAUAUGGUAAGGAGGAAUCUCCUCAGCAAUCACAAGAGUUCAGUCAUGAACUGAUCUGAGUGAGUCCACAGAUCUGAUCCAGAAAUUGGGCUGCCCUUUCUUGUUGAUAGGUAUUUUCCACUCUUCUCCCAUUCUUGUAAUUGGUAUUUAUGCUGAUAGUUUGUGGGGAAAUUUGUAUGCCUUGGUUUUAUGUUGUGCUGCCAUUCAUCAAAUGUGGCUCAAGUUUCUGUUGGAAUCAUGUGUAGAGUUUGUAUAAUAAAAGUUGUUUGUAUAAUAAAAAUGAUGUCAAUAAGAAAAAAUUAUCAAUAUGUACUGUAUUGUGGACAAGACAUGUUUUCAGAAUUAAAGUAUUUACAGUC